CAAGUGCAAAUUGACACAAGCUACAGUAAUAAAAUAAAAUCUGAAUGGCUGUCUUGAGCCAGUGUAAUUCUCUAGUAGUAUUGCAGUCAACUACACUACUCUUUGCUCAAAUUAUAUGCCUGUUACUGAGACAAGCACUGCUCGAUUUGUACGGUCUGCAAAUUAAAAUUCCCCCCACCCUCUGCCCCAAGCCAUGUAGCACAGCAGCAGCUGUGUGAAGCCCACGGCCAGGCCAGGGUGGGGUGGAGUCGCUCAGUUCUGCUUGUGACGUCACGACGGCCAGCCCAGCAGCAGGUCUGCGUUUGUUUCAGUCUGACAGCCGCUGACAGGACAGAAAAGCAAACGUAGCCUCUCAUUCCGUGACGGAUUAUUAUUAUCGUGAAAUAAAACGUGGACGGCAAUCGUGCACAAUAUGAGAGAGUAAACGCGGUCUGCCGAUGCCUGUACUAUGUUUGGCCGACACCCCGAUGACGUCUUUGCCAUGACGUAUUGGAACCCGCCGUCUCAUGGUCCCCGAUGUGUGGAUCCUCACACUGGGCUGCUAAUCUGAACUGGCGACAGAGACAGCAUGGACAGCCCUCCCAAACUGUCAGGGGAGACCCUAAUCGUCCAUCACAUCCCUCUGGUGCAUUGCCAGGUCCCGGACAGGCAGUGCUGCGGCUCUGUCAAGCGAGCUAGCCCCUUCUGCCAGUCUGAUCUGGGGCUGACCCGGACCACCUCACUGCCCGAGCAGGAAUUCCAGCAGAAAGAGGCGCUGGUUUACAGCAGCCUGAUCCAGACCUCCAGUGGCAGGGGCAGUGUUGUCAGUGACUCCUCUUCUUUCUCCUCCUCCAAUAACUCAGAGGAACCUCCCUCUCAGUCCAAGAGCAGGGAGCCAGUAGCCAAAGCCAACCAACAACGGCACAACCCCUUUCUCCUGAACUCCGGGGAAGAAGUACAAGACAACAGUCUGGAUGGCUACCUGGAGGCCUCUUCCUUCCAUAUUCACGGUAACAGCAACACCCACAUGGGCAAGCAGUCUUCCUUCCAUCUGCAUGACCUUACAUUUGCGCCAGAGCCUUUCCUAUUGCACAACGGAGUAGGGGUAACGCACAAGACCUGCAAUGGUGUGGCUGGCAGACCGGUCAUAGCUGAGGGGCAGGAAGUUGGUGAGACCAACCACGAUGCCAGCGAUGUCACUGCUGGUUCUAAAAAUACAGAACGGCUGCCAGAGUGCCUGGAUAUUGUGGGAUAUGACUGCCAACGACGGCACGGCAGCAGCGGCUCCACGCUGUCCAUGGACUGCGGGGAGCAGGAGUGGAACGCCAGCCCUCCCGACGACGAGGACCAGCUGAGGAAUGGGCAACAGAGUCAGGCCUGCAGCUGCUGCUCCAGCUCAGACUUCCCUAUGGCGCCUUCCUCCCAACGCUGCCAUUGCUGCUUCUAUAGCUUCUCCGACCCCUCGGAGAUUACGGACCAGCAGAUGGGCUACGUCAGCGACUCCUCCUGCAACAGUUCAGAUGGGGUGCUGGUCAACUUCAGCGCCAUCUACAACAAGAUGAACAACGGUGGGCCUUCCAAGCCCCUCAACCUGAACUCCGGGGACCAGUCCUGCACUUCCUCUAUUUGCAGCCACUUUGAAGCUGGGGGAGCCUUCUACCUGGACCUGCACACCUCCCCUACCAAACCCAAGGAGGACUCCUCCCAGGAGCAAGGCAGCAAGACCUGCAGCUGCUGUCACAAACACCAACAGCAGCAACAGAGUCCACAGGGUCUGGACGCCAACUGCAACUCCUACCACCUCCACUGUGGCGGCGGGCCCUCCCUGUCCGAAGGCUCAGACCUCACCUCCUGCUUCCAGAGCCAAGCUCGCCUGGUGGUGGCCACCCAGAACUACUACAAGCUGGUGACCUGCGACCUGUCUUCCCAGUCCUCCCCGAGCCCUGCUGGGUCUUCCAUCACCAGCUGCUCGGAGGAGCACACAAAGAGCAGCCCCAGCCAGCCCACAGAGUACUACCUCUUCCAGAAGCCGGAGGACAACCAAGAGGUGAUGAAAGAAGAGCAGCCUGAGAAAGAGGUGGAGGAAGAGGAACACACGCAGGGCUCAGAAACGUCCAGGAACGUCAUUGAGGGUCAAGUCUAUGUCAACAUCUCUCCUCCCAACAUGAGCAACGGGAGAACACGGUCCAGAAGCUACGACCGCAAUCUGGACAGGUCUCCCUCCUCUCGACUGGGCACUCUGGAACGCAUGCUGAGCUGCCCGGUCAAGCUCAGUGAGAGUGCCUCACACUGCUCCUCCUCACACCGCUCCUCCCCUCCCCGUCGCGUCACGUCUUUCGCAGAGAUCGCCCGCAUCAAGAAGAAGAGCAGCAGCGUGGGAGGGGGCUCCCCGCCUCUGAGGACCAGCACAGACUCCUCCACCUCCUUGGAGUUCUCCCCAGUCGGCGAGCUCCAUCUCCCCCGCCACUGUGGGGAGAGUCACAGCCUGCCACCCAUGCCCUUUGUGCGCUGCUACAGGCAGGGCAGCUGUGACCUUAUCACCUCCUCCGGGGGAGGAAACCCCCUUCAGCAGGGGCCCCCUAGACCCCUAUGUGACUCCCCCAGAUCUGCCAGGGAGACCCGAACUAAAGCAGAAGGAGGUGCCUCGGAAGGCAACCCAGUAAUGCGCUACAGCAAAGAGCAGCGCCCCACCACCCUGCCCAUACAGCCCUUUGUGUUCCAGCACCAGCUCAGCAAGCAGCCCUCCAAGCUGCGACCCCUCCUCAGCGACUACGUCAGCCAGAUGUACAGCCGUCCCAGUGGGCAGCCUGCCAGGGACAGGGGCUCGCAGAGGGAGGAAGAGCACAGGACGAGGAGAGCGGCCCCCGAGACGGUGCGCCCAUCCCCGCUGGGCAGCUACUCCCCAGUGCGCAACUGGACCCUCAGCUCGGAAACCUGCUCCACCUGCACCCCCACUCCAGACAGGGGGCUAUCCUCGAGCCAGCCCCGUCGCAGCCGCUCCUGCCCGCUGUCCGCCGGCCUCCUCCCCAUCCGGCCAAGUGCCGGCACGGUGCAGCCUGCCAUGGCCAGCCAAACUAGAGACCAAAGCUGGGAGGGGCCAAAGCAGCAGCAGCAGCAGCAGGAGGAGGCAACCCAGCCCUUGAGCAAAGACACAGCCCUCUCUGGAUACUGCCUCCAUCGCAACUCACUCCCGACGCUGUCUACCGACGGGUGCAGCCCGCUGGGUCACCUGGAGCCACAGCAGAGGAGCAGAAGCAGCGAUGGGGUCCAAGCAAGCAACAUGCUGAGCAAUGAACCAGCCCGGACACCCAACGCUCACCAACUGUCACUGCAGGCCCUGAAGUGGCGUGAGUACCGUCGUAAGAACCCGCUGGGAUUGGAGCAGGCGCUGGCGGCCCAGCUGGCAGGCAGUUUGGACACCAGGAAGCCAGAUAGCAGACUGGCCCGUCGAAAUGUGUUUGAUUUCCCUGCCUCAGCCAUCCACAGCCACUCCAGACUGAAUGGUCACUCAGUGAAGCAGCUGCAGAACUACUGCAGCGAUUUCUUCCCAGACUACUUCUCCCUGGCAGAGAAACCUCCGGACGAGUUCUGUCUGUCCCCCGACGCCACCACAAAGUCCAUCUCCAUAGACCUCCUACAGAAGAAAUGUCUGGUAAAGGCUAUUAACACUGCAGUGGAUCUGAUCGUGGCCCAUUUUGGAACCAGCCGGGAUCCUGGAGUAAAGGCUAAGCUGGGGAACAGCUCGGUGAGCCCCAAUGUGGGCCACCUGAUCCUGAAGUACCUGUGCCCUGCACUCCGAGAGGUCCUGCUGGACGGGCUCAAAGCUUACGUCCUGGACAUGAUCAUUGGGCAACGCAGGAACAUGCCCUGGAGCCUGGUGGAGGCCUCAACGCAGCUCGGACCCUCCACCAAAGUGCUGCACAGUCUGCACAGUAAGAUCAGCCAGUACUCAGAGCUGACCAAUCACAGCAUGCGGUUUAACGCUUUCAUCUUCGGACUCCUCAAUAUCAGGUCUUUGGAGUUCUGGUUCAACCACCUGUAUACACAUGAAGACAUUGUGGCGGCACACUACCACCCGUGGGGUUUCCUACCCCUGUCUCAGGGGAUGUGCCAACCUCUGUUCGAGGAGCUGCUCCUUCUGCUGCAGCCCCUAUCCCUGCUACCCUUCGACCUGGACCUGCUCUUUGAGCACCGGCUGCUGCAGAAGGGCCACGAGCAGCUCCGGCGCAAAGAGCAGCUGUGCUCAGCCGGCCAAGGCCUGGAGCAGUCAGUCCGCUCCACCUUCCAGCUCAUGAGGGGCUGGGGGGCAGGCUCGGCCAGAGAGGGGGCCCCCGAGUCCCGGAGAGAAGGGGCAGGGAGCGAGAGUGCAGGCCUGAGGGCGGAGCUGAAAGCCACAGAGGCCUCACCUAGGAGGACAGAUAGAGAAAAGAGGAAAGGGUUCACAGAGACAGGAGAGGAGUCUUUGAGAGAUCCUGGGGCAAAUUGUAAAGGGGAUGGGCAGCCGAAGGCAGCGGGAGAGAGGCCGAAAGUAGCCAGCAAAGUGUCGUGGUGGGAAAGAGAGGAAGGUGAGCGUGAGAGGAGGAAGGAGAAUGAGACAGAGCAGCAGCAGAUGCCCGAGGGGGUGAGGCAGAAGGACAGGGAGGCGGGAUGGUGGUACCAGCUAAUGCAGAGCUCCCAGGUGUACAUUGAGAACUGCAAUGAGGGCUCGAAGUUUAUCAAGUGGGAGAAGAGAAAGAAACCCGCUGGAGAGGCCAACGGCGGCCACCACCAGGGGUGCAACACCAAGCUGGGAGGAGGAGGGGGUGGAUCCGCAUUGGAUAUGGGAGGCAGGCAGGCACGACCACCGCCCAGAGAGGGAGUGGUGGAGGGGGCCGAGGCUGUACAGGAGGCAAGGAAGGAGCUGAGCUCCGAGGAGAAAGGGAAGCCGUCGUGGAUGGGUAGCCCUCCGGAGUCAGUGCUCCAUGAACUGAAGCAGAGCAAGGACAAGGAGUCAGAGAAGCAGGCUGCAGAGAAGAACGCCCCCCAGGGGCUGGAGAGCCCAGGGGGGCUGCAGGGGCUGCGCUGGGGGAGGCUCUUCGGGGCUGGAGUCAGAUCUCCAGUCAAGACACAGAGAACAGAACAGCAGCCAGCCAGGACACAGACGAGCAGGUUGCCAUCGGGGUGGCUCAGUCUGGAUAAGUCAGUAUUGGACCUGAUGGCACAGACAGUGGGGGCGGGGAAGCGCAAGGACACUCCCCCUUUGGAACACUCCUCACCCCCAGUAGGGGAACAGGGCUCAAAGCAACAACAGGAAGCACAGGUUCCCAAGCAACAAGCUCCAUGCAGGGAGGUGAGGGCCUUGUGUCACCACAUCGCCACCGAGCCGGGUCAGCUGAGCUUCAACAAGGGGGACGUGCUGAGAGUGCUGGGCCGGGCUGACCCAGAGUGGCUGCACUGCAUGCUGGGGGAGCUCUCUGGGCUCGUUCCCAUCAUCUACGUCACCCUGCCUGAGCGUGACAGCAACUGAACCACAGAGCCUGGGGGGGACGACAACCACUACAGCAGAGAGAGCCGAGGCUCUCUGCAUUGCCAAUCCAAAACUGCCCACUGCAUUGUUCUUCAGCCACCAUUAAAUACUUCAGUACAUGCACAGCUAUAUCUGUCUGUCUAGUAUCUAUAUCUAUCUAUCUAUUUGUCAGAUCUGCAAAGUGAUCAUGAAGGCUAGAGCUUAACAGCACAGAGAAAUGAGAUGUACAAACUUCCAGAAGAAGAUUCAGACUUUAUACAUAUUUGUACUGCAUGCUUGUUGCUGCAAGUUGGUUACAGUUGUUGGAUCAGUUUUCUCCCCCCAGUCUACAGUAGGUUUGCUCAACAUCAGUAGUGAAGUAGAUUCAUAUAGCUGAAUAAUGUUUGUAUAUUUACCAUUCUUUGUUUCCAACUUCUCCUACUUGGAGUAACAAACUUAUAUCUCUUAACACAAAAAUUGAAUAAACAGAUGGCGAUAAGCACACAAUGACAAAAAUGUGGUACAAGGCUAGAAAUGAAUGCCUCCGACAGUGGUCUCUGGUCAGAAAAGGCUUCUCUUCUGCAUAUACAGUUGGCUGCCAAAGUAAGUUUCUAGCCCUGCUGCACAUUUAACAUGAAUAUGCUUGUGGGUAUGGUUAAACAUGCAUCAAUUGAAACCCCUGUCCAGGAAGACCUUUCUAUAGAACCUGUUAAUGUUGAACUCAUCUCGAUGGGAUUGCUCCUCCUCAACUUUAUCUGAUUCAGUUGGAUGGUUCGAGAAAGUUUCAGUCAAUCUAGCACUAGAUAGAUGCAAAUAUAUAGAGUGGGACAGUCUGUUGUGUGGAUAACUUUCUUUGUCAAGUUAGGUCUGUUUUCAGGAUGCUAGGGUGCUCAGUCCUGCAUUUAGCAGGAUGGGUUAAUCAGUGAGCACUCACAGAUGCAGCCCUGUUCCAGUGGGUGCGCUGAAGAGCUUGGAGUGCUUGUGGCAGGAUGGCUUUCUGUUUCAUCAUUUCCAGGAUGCGGAGGAAGGAGAUCCGGAUCCCGUGCCCAUGUUGGAGAAGAAUUAGGCAGGAUCUGGACUUUCCAGGUGGAGGAAACUGAAACUUUUGCUUUGCUGGAGAUCUGUGGAGGAACCUUGCGCAUGUGUCAGCAUGGCAAGCCGUCUUUCUAAUUUCCUUGCAUCCCAUGAUGACUGCUACCAUGUGCAUUCAGCAGGAGGGUUGGGACUUGAGGGGAAACAUAGCUUUUAUAUAUAUAUAUAUAUAUAUAUAUAUAUAUAUAUAUAUAUAUAUAUAUAUAUAGUGUUGCAUUUUAUUUAUUUAUUAACAAUGUAACUUAUUGUGCAGCUGCAGUGGAGUGCAGUAGUACUGUUAAGGAUGUAAAGGAAAGCAGGUACAAUAGGGUGGACUGGGAGAAGUGGUGCUGUCCUGAGUGGAGAGGGCUUCUGCACAGGAUUCUCUAGAACCUAGUUUUGCCAGUCAGCUACAAACCUUUUGGAGAGCAUGUUGUUUGCGUUGGGUUAGUCCAGUCGUGUUGCCUUGAGCACAAUGCAAUUGAAUUCAGACCACGGAUUUGGCAAUAUUUUGGCCUUAAAUCUUGAUCUUCAGUUCAGGAGAUGUGAGUUUUAGUCAGGAUAAGACUACCAUGAGUUCAGGAUAAUCUAAGGCUGGUGUAGCGUGUUUACUAAUGACCUGGCUGUCUCCAGAGAGACCUGGUCUUGAAUUAAACCCAGGACUGAGAAUUGGGUCCAGAUUAUUACAGAUCCUAAAUCAAAUCAGAAGCAACUGAGUGGAACGAUUUUUUAAACAGUGGUCUUAACUUGGAACAUGUAAAGUUUACAGAUACUCAUUAUUAGUUUUUUGCAUAAGUAUUAAAGUUAGAAUGACAGACGCACAUUAAUGGUGUGUACUUCUGUACCAAUCACAAAGGCAGGCAGACGGUCCAGAUGUUUAGUGCGACAGUCGAGAUGCGCAUGGUUUUCGUGUUGCUCGUGCCAGGCUAGCGAGAGCUGGUGAUGAUAGCUGAUUAACCCUCAGGGAAUCAGAGCUGGAAUCUGGCUACAUUCCAGGAGUGGAAGCACCUGAGCACCCCUCCUCCAUACCUUGCUUUCCAUUGACAUCCUUGGCAGAAAUGACAGGCAGUAUUAGACGGGGUGGAGUGGGUGAGACAGUAUUGGUGCCUUUUCUGGAAUGCAGUUCUGUGGAGUUGGCAGCACUGCCUGGACCUGCACACACACACGAGCUGAAUCCUUCUUAAUCGCUUGAUGUUUGAGCAAGAGGAUCACAGACUACAAAGGGAGAAGCAGGUGUCUUGUUGUUAUUAUUAUUAUUAUUAUUAUUAUUAUUUUGUUGGUUGGUAUAACAUUAUACCGCUUGCUUGUAUAUAUGCCAAGUGGCACUAAUGUCUUAUUUUACCCAUGCUAUAUAAUGUGUAUGGCAUUAUUAUUAAUUUAUGAUGAAUAAUAAUUACAAGGUGCUCAUGUGAACACAGCCCCA